UGAUUCGAAAGAUAUCUCAUAAGAGGAACGUGACAUCUUAUAUCCCUCAAUCUGUUCAUUAUUCGUAUCAAAUAUGAUAACAAUCGUUGUCCAAUUAGCAUAGGCUCAGCUUGUAGCUUGUCUAAGGCGACAUGAAAAGCACUUGGGGUCGAAAACGAAGGCCCUGACUGUUAAACGAAGAUUAACUUGAAGUAAAAAUUUCCUCACUGCGUUCACUUCGCCCAUCUAUCACUUGACCUUUGCUAUUGAGUGAUUGUGAUAUUGUGAUAUUGAGAUCCCUGAUCUCGAAAUAAGACUAGAUCAAGCAACUCUAUAUUUUUGCCGCCAUUACUAAGGGACCAACACAUCGAAAGAUGUUUAAAAAAACUAUGGAAAACAUAGCAACACAUGGCCAAAUUAUACUUUAAGAAAACGCUGAAGAUGAAAAACAACCUUUGUGGCGAAACUAGAGCAUUUUGAUCAUAUUUCAUCAUAUUCCAUCGUAUUUUUAGCUUAUCUAUAAGCUGAUUUAUCUCUUAGUUAUGUUCAUGUAGUUACAUGUUGAAAAUUCUUGAUUAUUCUCGUAUAAAUCUACAAUAUAUUUGCCCCUUAUUUGCGAAAGUUGGUCCCUUAGUAAUGGCGGCGCUCCUUAUUUUUUGUCUUCAACUUUUGUGCCAGAUGCUUGUUCCAGUCUUAUUUCGAGAUCAGUGAUUGAAAUCAGUUGUAAUAUACCACAAUGCCACACGCGCCUGUUAUUUUCCGUUGGCGCGUUGUUCAAACUACCAUCAAAAUCUUCAUGAAAAUUGUGUUGAAAGACUUGCAGAAAUGUUUAUUUUUUUGACCAGAAGCAUUAUGGAAAACAAUAUAUUACAAUUUUGUAUGAUUUUUUUGAUCAUAAAAAAAUGAAUGCUGUUUCUUCUGAUGUUUUCUGCGAUUCCAUAGAGAAUUAUGAGGUGCUGGAUUUGCUUGGUCGAGGUGGAUUUGCGUGUGUUUAUCGAGCAAGAUGUUUGGUAAACAAUCGUGUAGAAGUUGCUAUAAAAAUGAUUGACAAGAAACACAUGAAGAAGAGUGGCUUAGUUAAAAGAGUUAGAAAUGAAGUUGAAAUUCAUUGUCAGCUUAAACAUCCGUCAAUUCUCGAGCUGUUUAGCUAUUUUGAAGAUACAAACUAUGUCUACUUGGUUGUUGAACUUUGCCACAAUGGUGAAGUCAAUCGUUAUAUGAAGAAGACUGGAAAACCAUUCGAAUGCCAGGCUCGUAAAAUCAUGUGUCAAGUUGUGAAUGGUUUGUUAUAUCUUCAUUCUCACGGUAUCCUACAUCGGGAUUUAACACUUGCAAAUUUGUUGCUUACUAAAGAUAUGAAUGUUAAAAUUGGUGAUUUUGGUCUUGCUACUCAACUUCGCAUACCUAAUGAAAAACACUACACAAUGUGUGGAACACCUAAUUUUAUAUCACCGGAAGUAGCCACUCGUGGUCCUCAUGGUAUGGAGUCUGAUGUUUGGUCUGUUGGUUGUAUGUUGUAUACACUAGUUGUUGGAAAACCACCAUUUGAGACUGGGGCUGUAAGAACUUUGAAUAAAGUUGUAUUGGGAGAGUAGAUUCCACAAUAUAUAUCACCUGAAAUAUGUGAUUUAAUCUCCAAGUUACUCAAAAAAAAUCCAGCUGACAGACUCCCAUUAUCAGGAAUUUUGGAUCAUCCAUUUCUACUUGGGAAACGAACUCGUGAUUGGAACGUUAGCUCAGAAUCUUUGAGCGAUGGAAAACAACAGAAUUAUGACAGCGGAAACAGCACGAUGGCAACAACUCUCACUGGUAUAACUAACCAAUCCAACCUUCACUUUACCAGUAGAUCCAUUGAUAUCCUACCUCGUCCCAUAUCUCGUCAAAGUCAAUCCAAAUGUAACCCGUUUCAUCCUUCGUCACCCCCCGUCAAGGAACGUUCGAAUCGUUAUCAAUCUAGUUGUACAUUAGGUCAGCUGGAUUCUGUGCCCAAUUACAAACAACCAUUACAUUCAAGAUCUUGGCUGAGUGAAAUUUCUAAGAAAUUACGUGAACAAUCUAAAUGCUCCUCUAAAGACGACAAACAUCCAUCAGUGUCCUCUCAUGUCCCCAAAUCACGUGACCAUGAUUCUUAUUGCUCGAGAAAAUUUGUGAAACAUUCCAUGGUUGAAGAUGAAAAGAGAACAGGCUGGAAUGAACACAAUGAAAAUAAUUGGAGACAGGAGAGCUUACUAACAAAACAUGUCACAUUAAACCUACUUGUGAUCAUGAUGUAAGUGAAGAGAUCACAUGAUCGAUCAUGUGACCAGCAUGAAAAAAAGACCAAAUCUAUAAGUGAUAUAGUGGAACCAUUGAAUUGCGAACGUUUAAAGCCAAUCAGGCAGAAAACAAGAAAUGCAGUUGUUAGCAUUACUGAGGAAAAUGAAGUUUGUUUGGAAUUUCUUCAGGAGAAAGAAAAUUUAAAUUAUGUUAUUGAAGUGUUGAGAAUAUCUUCAAAUGGAAUGAAAAUAACAACAUAUCAUCCAGAUGGAAUUCAUGGCGCUACACUACAAUCUCAUCCUUCACCACCUCCAUCAAAAUCUAAGAUAAAUUUCUAUCUUUAUUGCUCGCUACCAAUGAAAUAUUGGAAGAAAUAUCAAUAUGCAGCUCGAUUUGUUGACUUGGUACGCAAGAAGACACCAAAGAUCACAUUGUAUACGAAAUUGACCAAAUGUAUGUUGAUGGAAAAUUCGCCGAAUGCAGAUUUCGAAGCUUGCUUUUACAAUGGAGCAAAAGUACAACAGUCUCAAGAAUGUACAAAGAUUGUUGAAGCUAGUGGUGUAUCAUAUACACUGGAAUCUAUUGGUGGUAAAGAUGGUAUUCCUAAUGAAAUGAGAUCGACUAUUGAACAUUUUUACUCAGCUUACGCACAAUGUCUUCAACUUGAUCGUGUGUUAACUUCUGCUCAAGAAGAAUGCAACGGAACUGCACAGUUUUUCCCUAUCAUUGUUUGUAGACGACCUUCAUUAUCAAAUAAAGUAUCGUUACUUCAUUCAGAGUCACGCACAAAUAACGACAGAUUGAGGAAUAAUAAUGAAACAUCUUCUACUGCUUCAACUUCACCUGUUCCCAUUGUGCAUGUGUCGACGAUGAAGUCUUAUCAUGACAUCACAAGUGAUUUAUAUAAGACGUCAUUUUCAAAAUCUGUUAACGAGAACGUGUCGACAAGUGCAGGAAAUAAUUCAACAAAAGUCCUGAAAAAAGAACUAGCAAAUUCUAUUGAGACUGAAGCAAAAGUUUUGAAAAGCAUUUUUAUCACAGACAUUGGUUGGUCUUCACAGAUGUCAAAUGGUGAGAUUUGGAUGCAAUACAAUGACGGUUCACAGUUAUUAGUUCAUUCUGAACCUGGUCGUCUUAAGUUCAUUGAUAAAUAUGGUUUGAUGACGAGGUUUACAAAGAAAGACAGAAUUCCAGAUGAAGUUAAAAGAAACUUGCUGGUUUGCCUGAUGUCAUCAAAUUAUUUGUCUCAGCUUCGUGACACAUUAAUUAUAACUUUGUACACUAUAUAUGAAAUAUCUGUAAAGUUUUCAAGUAACCAUUUAUGUAAAACUUAAUAACCAGAAUUGUCGCCAUUGUGGAAUCUUGAAAUUACUCUUAACGCUGAUUUGUGCAAUAGUUAUUAUUUUAAAAGAGAUACAUAUUUAUAUACAUAAAA